AUGGGAGUGGAAGAGAAGAUGUUGGGUUGUGAAGAAAAGCGCGAAGGGUGGCAGGAGCCGAAGGUAAUUGACUCCUCGGCUCAACAAUUUGUUGAGAUAUUGAAUGUUAAGGCAGCAAUUUUACUCGGCGAGAUCAUGAACCUAAUGGCUGAAAAGGAGUUUCGAAAGCCCAUUCUUCUUGCCCAACUUGGAGGAAUGUUGCUCUAUGAAAUACGCUGA